AUGGGCUGGACGUACGGCGCUCCAGACGACACGCCGACCGAUGGCCCACGAAUCACGGCAGUGACGACCACCUUCACGUCAAUUGCGCUCAUCCUCGUCUGCUUGCGGUGGUAUGUCAGGACAACUGUGGUCAAAGCGGUUGGCAAAGGCGAACCAGAUGACUGGGUUAUCAUCGUAUCUUGGCUUGGAGCAUGCGGCUACACCGUCUGCAGUGUAAUUCAGACAAAAUGGGGUCUUGGUAUCCACGUCAUUGAGGACAUGCCAACAGAGAAUAUCCUGCAUUUUGGAAGGUUACAAUUCAUUGGGGGUCCUUUCUACGUGCUUGGCAUUUGGGGGUUCAAGAUGAGCUUGCUGUUCUCUUACCUUCGUUUCUUCCCGCAAGGAGCAUACCGCAUUGCCACUAUCAUCGUUGCCGUAGCUGUCACGAUGGGUCAUAUUGCUUUCAUUUGCGUUUUCAUCUUCUUAUGCACGCCUGUCGAGAAACAAUAUGACCCUUCAAUUCCUCCUGAGGUUGGACAUUGUGUCGACGCAAUCACCUUCUACUUGACGUUCUCUUCCCUGACUAUCGUCUUCGACGUUAUCAUCAUGUUCCUCCCCUUCCCAGUUAUCCUCAGAUCCCAGAUCCAGCAGCGAAAGAAGGUGGUACUCCUCGCGCUCUUCAUCCUCGGCGUCUUCGUCACCAUCAUCCAAGCGAUCCGAAUCCAGACCAUCAAGAACUUGGUCAACUACCUCGACUCCGCGAAGAGCAUCGAGUGGUCCGUCAUCGAGAACGACAUCGGCAUUAUCAUCGCCUGCGUACCGACACUAGCUCCGCUAGUCAAGUACUUCGCCGAGAAGAGCCGGAGCAGCACUGCCGGCGCAUCACGUACCAAGAACUCGAAAUACGCGCUGCAGACUUGGAGGACGGGGCGGAGCGGCAUGCAGCCCCUUAGUGCUGGGGUCGAUAGGCAUGCUUCGAUCAGUGCUACGCGCACGACGAAGCCGGAUGAUAGCACGGAGAACAUCCUAGUUCAGGAGCCAUCGGGAAUCACGAAGACGACAGCCAUCCAGGUUUCAACGCAGGACGGAUGGUCAGACGUGGAGGAUAAGAACAGUAAUCAUCACGCGUAA